AUUAAAUAUUCAAUUCUCUUUCUCCCUUUAUUUAAUACUUACGCCCACUAUUUCUUUUUUCCAAUUGACCAAAUUAACCAACAACUACUAAGAUUUCGUGUCGAACCAUAUCUGGUGGUUUUGAAACCUUAGACAUGUCUAGCUAGAACUAAGGGAGUAAUUAUUUGUCGUAUUAUAAAAUUAGAAUUCUUAAAUAGACCUGUUAACUUGAAACUUAACUUACACUAAAAAAAAGGUAAAAGAGUUGUAGAAAAUGCUUAGACAAUUUCAACAUUAUUGGAGCUAGCUCUCUUCAAUUAACCAAUGAAAUAUCAGAUCUAGCACACAAGUUUCUACAGUGCGCACGUAGGCGCACUCACGCUUUUCGAGAAAAAAUCCCCCAAAAUUUAGUGCGCGCACUGCACACCCCCAUAAAUAGUGGGCCACUCUGACGUCUGGCACACACGCGCGACGCGCACAAUCACAACUCCGUACUCUCUCACCACGAAUCAGCCAAUGAUGUGCCGCCACCACUCAACUUGUCGGGUGUGAAGACGUUCCAGAUUCGGCCACGUUACGCGACGCGAUUGGCUGGCUUGUCACAUCGGGUACCUCCCCGUAGGGGCAAUCUGAUUGGUCCAGGUUUCGCGAUAAGAGAGGGCGGAAGGAUUAAAAUAUUGCGGAAAAUGGAAAAAUGAAAUGACGGAAAAUGGGUUUAAAUUAAAGGGGAGGAGUCGUGGCGAUGGAGCGCUAGACACUUGUCGACUCCACCAAUCAUCCAAGCGGCGGAGAAGAAGUAAACGACACGAUCGCCAUCUCUCUCUCUCUCUCUAUAAGGCUGCUGGCUCCACUGCUUGCAUACUUGGAGCGAUGGGGUCCUACAUGAACUUCAAUAACUUCGAAGACAGUGUGCAACAAGAUGGCAGUGGUGGGAAAUCGGCUGGUAGUUAUCCAUUGGCUCGGCAGUCUUCUGUGUAUUCUCUAACAUUUGAAGAGUUUCAGAAUACUUUGGGUGGAUCUGGAAAGGAGUUUGGAUCCAUGAAUAUGGAGGACCUUCUAAAGAGCAUUUGGACAGCUGAAGAGACUCAGGCCGUGGCAUCUUGCACAGAUGGAGGAAAUGGAAGUGUUCCUGGUGGCAAUUUGCAGAGGCAGGGCUCGUUGACAUUGCCGAGGACGCUUAGCCAGAAAACUGUUGAUGAAGUGUGGAGGGAUUGUUUAAAAGAAUCUGUUGCUCCGAAAUCUGCAAGUGGUAGUGGUGGUCCGAAUAUGGGGCCGAGGCAGCCCACCUUGGGUGAGAUGACACUGGAAGAGUUUCUGGCUCUAGCUGGUGUGGUUAGAGAAGAUGCCCAACCUCCUGGGAAGGUAAACGGCACUGGUUUCUAUGGUGGUUUACCUCCAUCAAGUGGCAAUAAUUCUACUCUAAAUGUAGGGUUUCAACAGCCACCCUUGAGUCAGGGUUUGCUGGGCAACCAACUCGCAGAGCAGAACAAUAUCGUUCUUAGUUCACCGACUUUAGGAAUCAAUAUGAGCGUUGUAACAUCUUCGCAGCAGCAACCCCAGCCACAGUUACAGCCUCUAUUUCCGAAGCAAACAACCUUAGCCUUCUCCUCGCCUACACAACUGAGAACCAAUGCUCAGCUGCCUAGCUCAGGAGCAAAAGGUGCGGUGGUGGAGAUGAAGAAUGGUUUGAGUAACACACGUAUUCCUGGUGGAGCACUCUUCUUGGGUGGAUUAAGCAAUGGGGCAGUAGUUGGAACUGGGUCUCCUGGGAAUAAUUUAUAUGCGGAUGGUAUUGUUAAGAAUAGUUCAGGCACACCAUCAUCUGCAUCACCUUCACCUUCACCUUAUAACUUUGGGGAAACUAGGGCAGGCAGGAGAUCCUCUGCCUCUUUGGAGAAAGUGGUCGAAAGGAGGAGGAGGAGAAUGAUAAAAAACAGAGAGUCUGCUGCGAGGUCCCGAGCUAGAAAGCAGGCAUAUACUCUGGAACUGGAAGCAGAAGUUGCAAACCUUAAAGAAUUAAACAGUGAGCUGCGGAGAAGUCAGGAAGAGUUUAUGGAGAUGCAGAAAAAUCAGAUCUUGGAGACGAUGGAUAAGUCGUGGGGCAGAAAAAAUAAAUGCUUGAGGAGGACACUCACCGGACCUUGGUAGAGAGUAGAGCGGUUACUCUUAUAUGUACAUAAGAGUUUGGACAGCUUAUGACGAUCCUUGUUGGAUCCGGAUCUCAUUCAACGAGUGAUACACUCUCAUGUACAGAAGCAAAAGAGUCCAUGCUGUAUGUUGUGGUGCUACUACUAUUAAUUACGAAUGACUAUUUCUUGCUUCUCUGCUCUCUUCAUCUUGCUGUGUAUCUCAACUGCAGCUUAUACUCCUACUUUUGUUAGGGUUUAGGUCUAGCAGAAUAUAGUAUUUGACACCAACAGAAUGAUGUUUAUAUAAAGUCUGUAUUAAUAUAUGUUUAUAACUAUGUUUAAGCUGUA